AUGGACUACAUACUCGACAACGUGGGCGAGUGGAAGGACCGCCUGGUCAACAACUCCAUCAAGUCCUUCGAAGAGAUGACGGCUCAGCGUUGGGUCCGCAUUAUCGCUAUCGUCGGCGCAUACCUCCUCAUACGGCCAUACCUACUCAACGCCGCUGCCAAGAAGCAGAAACAACAGCUAGAGAAGGAAGCUGAAGAUCUGGGCCUGGGCAAGAGCGAAGCACUAGACGCGAACGACUUCAGGGGUAGCGGCGUUCGGGUGAAGAAGGGAGAAGCGAAGAAGAAGGAGUAG